GAAUGCCCCAGCGACUACCCUGGCCCGAGUUCCUCGGGGGUUGCAUCAAAGGCCUUCAAGGGUUUGCAAUUUGCCGAUUGGGACGCUGAUGGUGACGCAGACCUGCUUCUGGCACAGGCAGGGCCUGAGCUGGUGGUCACGUUAUAUGAGCAUCUUGCAAAUGGCAGCUUCCAGGCAGAAGACUUGUUCCGCGCGCCCUGGCCAGCUUCAAACUCUACUCUGGACAUUUUUGAAGGUCCGGCCUUACACAUUGACAUUGACGUCGUUGAUUGGGAUGGUGAUGGGGGCUUAGACAUAUUGCUCUGUACGGAAUUUCAGGGCUCCGCCAAUAUAAGCAUCCUGGAGCGCGCCGGCGCGCCGAUCCAGCAGGGAAGCAUCAUGCACUUGCAGACCAACAUUUUACAUGUCGAUGGAUCCGAAUGUUUGAUGCAUAGUUUGCAGGCACUGGACUUCGAUGAGGACGGCGACGUGGACCUCUUCGUGGGUCAACGAUAUUUUGAGCGCACCUCUACAGGAUUGGUGGAGCGUUUGCACAAUGAGAACCCCAUUCACAGCUUUGGUGGCAAGGUGGAGUUAAUUGAUGACCUUGAUGGUGAUGGACGUGUGGAGCUCCUGGUGACGGACUGGAGCAAGCACAAUGAAGGCCCCUCUCUAACAAGGAAACUCCGCUACUUCCAUCGGACAGCUGAUGGCAGCUUUGUUGAGCAGAAGGAGAAUCCCUUAGCACAUGCCGGGCUCAUCACUGCAGAGGGUGGGAUCGAAAAACCCUAUGUGAUUGACUGGAAUUCAGAUGGCUGGCAAGACCUGAUGGUCGUGACAUAUUCAUAUUUAGGUGACAGAUUUAGUGCCUGUAGCUUUGGAUAUGGCCAUUAUCGGCACGUGAUGGUGCCAGAUCUAAUGCACAAUACCCACAUGGGUUCCUAUGCACAUCUCAACUUGGGCAGUUGGUUAAAGGAACAACGCUUGAGUGUGAUCGACUGGAACGGUGAUAGCUUGUUGGAUCUGGUGGUGAGCCCAGGUCUUCAAACUUCGCUUGCUUCUUCAUGGCCGAAGUUAUACGAGAAUCAUCCUUUUUCAGGGGCUACAGAAGUGGAGUUAGUCUUCGAAAAUGUCACGGCCACCUUCAUGAAUCAUCAAAGUUUUGGAGUUGACUACAGGUUUGCAGUUGAAGACUUCGACGGGAAUGGUGAGCCAGAUCUCCUCAUUGUGUCCCAAACCGAUGGAAAAGUGCACUAUCAUCGGAAGGUCUUGGGUAGUCUUCUUGGAGAAGAGAAGUCCCAUCCAUUCAGCGGCAUCACAGUCAAACGACACAAGGAUCCUUGGAAUCACUUCUCCUACUACGCGGUGCAGCCUUUUAUGGUGGAUUUUGACCAGGACGGUGACAUGGAUUUGAUUUUGGGUCCCCCAGAUGGACGGUUUUUUUGA